UCCUCGGGAUAGAUACCUCGUCUGUGCCGCGAGAAUACCAUGUGAAGAUCAUUGGGAGGGAAAAAGAAAUCCUCAGCUAACGUCGGUUUCUCUUUCGCGGGUGUACGUACGUACGUACGUGUGUGCGAGUCGAGUGCGCGCGCGUGCGCACAACGAGCCCCGCCCCCGUAUUUUGCUUUUGCUAAUCGUGCAGCAAGCUAUAAGGCUCUGGCUCGCGAGGAGGAUCUCCACGCCAGCAUGGCCACUGAGAGCUCCAAGCUAGUCCGCGGAACCUCCAGUAACAAGCGGUCUCACUUUACAAGACCUUCCGUGAAUGCUCUCCGUACGGAAAGCGAGACGUCCCUCUCUUCAACGGCGUCUCUGACGCCUGGGAGUCUGUACGGGAGGAGAGAGACGGCCAGCGAGCUCCAAGACCUGCUUGAGGCGCUGGACAACGCCAGAGAGGCGGUGCAGGCCCAGCUUGCAGCUCACGAGGCAGAAAGCAUCAGAAGAAGACGACAAAAGCCACUAAUUCCUCACUGGGUCACCAAAUACCUCCUCCUAAUGACAUUCCUGGGCCAGACCAUAUGUAUAGCUCUCAUAGCUGGCAUAGAGGAACUGGGCAAGAAGAGUUUUGCCAACUCUACCAAAAGAGCCGACAUCGAACUAACGGGUAACAUUCUCCUGACGACUCUCCAGGCGGCACAUCUCUUCCUUGUCUUGUUUGUCUCCUUCAAAGUGGCAAAGCAGGUGGUCCACCGCACGGCGUCUGGUUCACUAGUUGCUCAGUCUUACCUCUCCACCGUCCUCCUGUUUGCCGGACUCUACACUCUGAUAUACAGACUAGACCCUGAAGGAUGGAAGAGGGUGUCAGAAGGUAACAUAUCGUCACCAAUUCUCCUCUUCCUGAGGAUGUUGUUUUUCUCUGUAUCCACGGCAACCCUCUGCGGGACGUCUGUCAUUGAACCCAUUCAGUGGUACAUCAACCUAUUCGUAGGCCUCCAGAUGUUGACAUCUUUUGUCUACUUCACCAGUAUCAUGUCGGUGGCCCUCACUCGGCGGCGGAGGUCCAGAUUUGACACUUCACCCGCCAGAUCCUCCAGAAGUUUUACAAGGAAGAUAAGAAGAUUUGUGUUUGGUAAAAGUGACAAUCAUCAACCUUUCACAAUCUAACUUUCAAUUUCACUUCAUUUUUAAAUGAAAUUGAUAAAAAAUUCUUUGUGUACUCAUAAAAACAGCUGAAUAGUGUGGUUGUACUAGCACAUUGUUCUCAGAGUGCCAUGUUUGUCAACAAUGGUUUCCCCUACUGGGUGGGUGUGGCCCGAAUCACGUGAUGAGUCACGUGACCCGUGGUCACCUGACAAGUCACGUGACACAGGCUUCCUGGUGUUAUUGUUUCCAUUGGAGUUGUCAGUUCUGCUGACCUUUGGCCUAUGGUCUUUGGUCACCCUUCUUCCUCUCUUGAUAGAUGGUCGUCCUCGCACCCUUCCUCCCU